AUGAAAGACGACGUCGACGCCACCAUCGACCUAAGCGCCGAGGCACAGCAAACGAGCCGCAUCACACUCCGGAUUCCGCCAUUUUGGCCAGAGGAGCCCGAACUAUGGUUCGCCCAGCUGGAAGGCCAGUUCGAACUCGCCAGAAUCACCGGAGACCACGAACGCUACCUCCACGCGCUCUCUCGCCUGGAACCUGGCCAGGCGAAGGAAGUAAAAGACAUUAUCGUGAGCCCGCCAAGCGGUCAAAAGUACGAAGCUUUGAAAGCAGCCUUGAUACAGCGGCUGACCGACUCACAAGAGAACCGCAUCAGGAAGCUGAUAGAAACCGAGGAGAUGGGCGACCGAAAACCAUCACAGUUCCUCAGGCACCUCUCCACCCUGGCUGGGACCACAGUGUCAGAGAGGCUCCUACGCACUCUUUGGCUGGGACGCCUGCCGACGCACAUACAAGCCAUCUUGGCUACACGAGCAGAGGAUCCGCUGAGCAGCGUAGCUGACCAGGCCGACCGCAUCCAUGAGAUUGGCAAUAAAGCGAUAGUCCUGGCGACAGCAGCCCCGUCAGCACCAACACCCCCGACGGACCCCUUGGACGAGCUACGAGGCCAGUUAGCAACUUUAACGACGCAGAUCCAGGAGCCGGUCACGGAACAACGAACGAGACAACCCAGGCACGUGCUUCUACCACCGACGCUUCGGGACAAAGGCACGCAACUGCGAACCACCCUGCGACUUCAAGAAGUCGGAAAACGAGCCGGGCACGCACUGACGGCGGCCAGUGCAACUUGCCCCCAACCCUGCCGCCUCUAUGUCACCGACAGGACCACAAGGCAACGCUUUCUCGUCGAUACAGGGUCAGACGUCAGCAUUUAUCCGGUAACAGCAACUAGGAAACGCGGACCACCAGCACCGUAUCAGCUAUACGCAGCAAACGGGACAGUGAUACCGACCUACGGCAUAAUCACACUGCAGCCCGACCUAGGCCUCAGGCGGAACUUCACAUGGAGAUUCGUGUUAGCUCGAACCACUCAGCCAAUCCUGAGGUCCGAUUUCUUGGCAUACUACAAUCUCCUGCCGGACAUGAGAAGGAGGAGAUUGAUCGACAGCGAGACAGGCCUAGACAUAAGGGGAACGGCGAGCAUGUCCAGCACCCCAUCAGUGAAAACAGUGACUACCUCUACGGAGUACCACAAAAUCUUGGCGGAAUAUCCGGGGCUCACGCGGAUAACGGGUCAACAACAGGCAACCAAGCACGAGACCGUGCAUUACCUGCAGACAACGCCGGGACGUCCGGAGUCCUGCAGACCCAGAAGACUCCCGCCGGACAAACUCAAAGCGGCAAAAAUGGAGUUCGGCAUACUCUUGCAGGAAGGCGUCAUCCAGCCUUCCAAGAGUCCUUGGGCAUCCCCGCUACACAUGGUGCCAAAAAAGGACGACACCUGGCGACCAUGCGGCGACUACCGACGCCUAAACGCCCGAACAGUAGCUGAUCGGUACCCGAUACCGCAUCUCGAGGACUUCGCGCAGACGCUCAGUGGCAAAGCCAUCUUCUCUACACUGGAUUUGGUACGGGCUUACAACCAGAUCCCGAUAAACCCGGAAGACGUGCCAAAAACAGCCAUCACCACGCCGUUUGGUCUAUACGAAUUCAAGUACAUGCCGUUCGGCUUGCGCAACGCAGCUCAGACCUUCCAGCGAUUUAUAAACGAGGUCCUACAGGGCCUGGAUUACUGUUACGCCUACAUCGACGAUAUCCUGAUAGCCUCUACAACACCGCAGGAGCACGGCAAGCAUCUACGGGAAGUAUGUGAACGUCUCGACAAGUACGGCAUCCGCAUAAAUGCAGCCAAAUGCGUCCUGGAGAAAACGCAGAUCAAGUUCCUGGGAUAUGACGUAACCGACAAGGGUACCAAGCCCCCGCAGGAAAAGGUCCAAGCAAUACAAGACUUCCCGCAACCACAGACGGUGAAGCAACUACGACAGUUCCUGGGUAUGAUCAACUUCUACCGGAGGUUCAUACCAGGGGCUGCACAAGCGCAGUCCACACUCAACGACGCCUUGAAAGGCAAAGUCAAAGGCAAAGUACCAGUAGAGUAG